UGUACAUUUUAUAUUGGGAAAAUUGGAUAAAUAGGACACUUUGAACUUGGAUUUGUCACAUUAGGAUUUCUAGAAGAUAUUUUAGGAAAAUAGGAUUUUAGAUCUUGUAAAAUACCAAAGUACCCUUAAUUUACCAAUUAUGUUGAAUUUAAAUUAUAAAUUAUAAUAAUUUUCGUAAUAGAUUUUAAUGUUAAAAUUAAAAUCUAUAAAAAUUAAAAAAUAAAAAAAACACUAAAUGGGAAAAAAGGAGACGCGGGAUGCCGCAAACCUAAUUCCCCUUUCUCUUUGUCUUCUCCGUCGUAGACUCGUCGCUCUCCCACGGCGAUUUAGGGUUCAACGGUGAGAAGCUCUGUUCUUCGUCGGUGUUUCAUCAGCCCGUGGUCUCUACUCUCGUCUCCGUCACCAUCCUUUUCGAUCUCACUGAAGACACAACGGCUGCGAAUCGUUCUUCCUCUUCGUCGGGUCAAAUCGAUUUUCGAAGUGUUCUUCCAUCAAUUUCGCCUCUCAAUCUCACAAUUCUUCACAGAAGGUAUUGGAUUUCAUCUAUAGAUUCUCAUAUUAAACGAAAUCGAAGUGUUCUUCCAUUAAAGCUUGAUUUUUUUUUAAAAUGAUUUGCCGUGUUUCUUAAAAUAAUUUUGUUUCACGGAUUGGUUGAUAUUAUUGAAACCUUUACAUGUGUGAUGAUAUUGAAACCUUUACAUGUUGAACUAAUAAUUUUGUCACGGUUUGUAGCUAUGUCUGAGGAGCUACCGAAGAGGCUUUUUAAGGAGGGCGAGGAGCCCCGAGUUACUCAGAUCAACAACAACUGCAGGAUCGACUACAUAAUCCGAAAGUUCCAAGCGUGGCUGCCAAAGGAGUUGGAUGUCGUGAAGAAAGACCCGGUUUUUCAUCAGAUUUUUAAGCUCCAUGAGAAUGGUCUUGGAUACUCUGCGAGGGUGAUACACAGCUUCUUGUGUAGGGAGCUGGUGACUUUCUUACAGCACGAGCUAUGGUUUGUCUUUGCGAGGAGACCGCUUCGAUUCUCAUUGCAAGAGUUCCACGCCGUAACCGGGUUUGAAUGCGAUACUCACAUUUCGAUUGAGGAGUUUGAAGAGUGGAAAUAUGAUGGUGGUUUCUGGAGCAAGGUUUUGAGGAGAAAAGAUGGAACAAUUACACUCUUCAACCUGUGGACUAAGGACAAGGAAGCUGUAAAGAAAUGGAAGAAUGCAGAUCGCAUACGUCUUAUCUACUUGGCGAUCAUUCUUUGUGUGGUAUUGGCGAGAGAUGAGAAGGCUAAUAUCCCCCUGAAGUACAUCGCGGUGGUCAUGGAUCUUGACAGAGUUCGAAGGUAUCCUUGGGGAGUUGCUGCUUAUGACCUUCUCUGCAAAUCCAUAGCCAAAAAUCGUUCCCAACUGAAGGAAAAGACCACUAGCUAUGUCUUGGAUGGCUUCUCAUACGCCUUGCAGAUUUGGGCAAUGGAAGCGGUGCCAAAAAUCGGGAAGCUUUGUGGAAAAAAGCUGGAUAAGGGUUUCAAGGACGGUCCUAGAUGCAUAAACUGGAUGGGAGCUGCGAAGGUGUCAUAUGAGGAGAUCAUUCGCUUGGAGGAGAUUAUUACACCCAAGGAUGACAUCUACCCAUACAUCUCAUGGACAGGAAAUUAUGAUGUUGUCAAAGCUCAGGCGUUUCGCAGAGAUGAUGAUGUGGAGGAUGACAGAAUCAAGGUUCUGAUGGAGAUGAUAAAGAAGGGGCAUGAUUUUAGUGAGCAUGUUUGGGAAACUGAAGAAAAUGAAGUGAUUUCUUUAUCUCUCGAUGACGAAUCAGCUGUGAAUGAUGAAGCAAGCGUGAAUGUUGAAGCAGCCGAGAGUGAUGACGACUUUCAGACUCCGAAAGGAUCAAAAAACGUUGGUUCUAGAUCAAAGAGGGGUAAAAAGAGGCUUCCCGAUCGUGGUAUGGAGAAGAGAAAGCAUAAGGUUCUCGCAAGUGGCGCAAAGCAAGCUCCUUUUAAUGAAGACAUGAAGGCUUUUAUGACACAGUUGUUUGAGCACAACUUCUCUGGAAUGGAACAAAGGAUACAGAAACAGAUGGCCGAGACAUUUGAGCAGAUGCGGACAGAGCUUAAACAAUCACGUAAGGAAGCCAGCGUUGAAGUUGAGCUUGGAGAGCCUUCACCGACAAAGCCAUCGACGAGCCAGGCACCGUUGAGGAGGUCCACACGCGGGGAUGGUUCCGAGACUACAUUCGAUGUGAAUUAUAGUGAAGCAGAUGAUUUGGGUCGCGGGAUAGGUACACAAGGGGUUGAAGGGCUUUCUCAGACGUCGUAUGUGCCAGGCUUUGAUCCAUCUCAGGACAAAAAAGAAGAAGACUGGUGGACUCCAAUGACUUCGGUCCGAGGUUCAGUGGAUAAUCCAGUAAAGAAAGAAAAGACAGAGAUGAAUACAGCUCCACCGCCGUCACAGUGGGAGAAAUGGUGCAAAAGAAAAGGUCAUGGACUUCAGCUUAGCGAUUCACCAUUGCCAGAAGAUGCUUCUCCGCAGGCGUCACUUUAUUAUAUCUCCGAAGAGUCAUGGAAAGGAUUCACGGAAUGGGCAUUAAAGCCUAUACCUUUAACAAUUGGUCCUACAUGCUUUAAUUUGUCUGUAGCUACAAGAGUAGUAAGUGCUGGAAAAUGGCUUGGAAACGAGGUAAUGAAUCUUGUACUAACCUUUAGUGAAUUUAUCUUCCUAACACUUCUUAUAUGCUAUAUUACUUAACUUUCAUUGUAAAUUUUUAGGAGAUGGAUGCGGUUAUGUUUAUAUGGCGUGUGAACACUACAUUGAAUCGUUGGGCCCCUCGGCGUGUUGCUUUCAUGAGUGCUAUGUUUUGCCUCCAAGUAGACGCUGCAUACAAGAAGUUUUUACCAAACAAAAAAGCCUAUCAAUUGCCUGAUUUCCUUCUUGGGUACGGCAGAGGAGAGCUUCCAUCUCAUGGGCGGACUGAUCUAGUUUGGGGUGUUGAUGUUGAUCGACUCUACUUUCCUCUGUUUGUAAAUGGUAACCAUUCAGUUCUUUUUACAUCCUAGUAUACAUUUCUUCGUUUACAAAUUUUUGUGGACACGAACGCAGGUAAUCACUGGGUUGGUGUCUGUGUAAACAUCAUUGAAAGAAAAGUAGAAGUCUUUGAUUGCGGUCGGGGAAAGAACAGACAGUACGUUGAGAAGUUUGCUGCUAUCAUUCCUAGGAUUGUGAAGUCCGUUGCACCACAAGAAAGACAGAAGCAGCUACUCCUCUCAUCAUAUUCUAUCGUGGAUGUGCCUAUGAAGUUGAGAUUGAAUAAAAGUUGUUGUGAUUGCGGUGCAUACGCUUUGAAGCACUUGGAAUGCUCGCUGCUUGGUCUUGACGUCAGUUUAGUGGAUGAUGAAAUCAUUAUGGGUUGUAGACAGAAGAUUGGAGUGGACUUAUGGGAGGCUGCACACGACCCCAUCUUUGCUGAGGUUAUGACACGAUAU